CGGCCGGCGAUCGAUCGACGGGGUGUUCUGGUUUAUUAAUUAAUUAUAGGGUGAAUCAUCUGUCGAGAUAUAGUUACGUAAUUUUUGGUUAAUGUGAUGGGGCACCACUCUUGCUGCAACCAACAGAAGGUGAAGAGAGGCUUGUGGUCGCCCGAGGAAGACGAGAAGCUGAUCAGGUACAUCACCGCCCAUGGCUACGGCUGCUGGAGCGAGGUCCCUGAGAAAGCCGGUCUUCAGAGAUGUGGGAAGAGUUGCCGGUUGAGGUGGAUCAAUUACUUGAGACCCGACAUCCGGCGAGGGCGGUUCACGCCGGAGGAAGAGAAGCUGAUCAUCAGCCUCCAUGAGAUCGUCGGAAACAGAUGGGCUCACAUUGCGAGCCACUUGCCGGGGAGAACGGACAACGAGAUCAAGAACUACUGGAACUCGUGGAUCAAAAAGAAGAUCCACAAAUCGACCAUGAACGUGAGCAAAUCGGCUCAGAGUUCGAUAUCCGGGUACGACCACGUCCAGCCCCUCUUCGCCUCCUCGGACCAACUCGACGCCAUGCUCUUCGUCCCUCCCCCUCCUCUUCCUCCUUCGCCUCUCUUCAUGUUCGAUGUCGGCGCCGGGGAUACCGCGACCGCCGCCUACGGAUCGUCCUCGCGCAGCAGCGCCUGCACCAUGUGGAACCCGUGCUCGCAGGACCAGGCAAGCAUUGUCAAUGCAAUGGCGGCGCCGCCCUUUCUCGCAUUCGGCGCGUGCAUGGACUCCAGCAACUUCGCGGCGCUGGUCGACGACUGCAUGGAGAGCAACAUCGGCGACGCGAGCAGCGAGUGGUCGUCCAGCCCGUUGAUCUGGGAGCAAAUCCAAGGCGCUGCCAUUAACCUCGACAUCAUUAACGCCGCCGGCGAUCAUCAUCAGCCUCAUCAAGCUCCGUCCAACAUCGACGACAUGUUCACUUGACUCAAAUCUGACGGUAAUUAAUUAAGUUGGUGGAGGUUAUUUAAUUAUGGUGUAUUAUUUGGGUGUUGACGUGUUGUGUAAUUGUAUAGCGUGCAUGUGUGCGAGCAUAAUUGAUUUUUCUUUUCUUUUACAAAAGAAAAAUCUUGUUGAAUUGUAUCAAUCACCCGGACUUUGCUUGCAGAAAUUGCCAUAUGACAAUGUUGGACGUAAAUGAUCCAACGGGAAAAGUUUGUAGUUAUUGUUGCGGUUCUCGAGUCGUCGAUCGUGAAUGAUUGGUGGA